UAAUGAUAUAGUUUGAAAUCUCGUUUCAGUAGUAAUUAGUAGUAAACGUAAUUGUUUUUUAUUAUUCUUGUAUCUAAAAUAUAUUUUCAGUUUUUGUUUUCUAUUGAUUGUCUGCUAAUAAUAAUAAGUCUAAUGGUCUAACCACAAAUCCAUCAAGGAAAUGUGACUACAACAAUAUACUUAGAUAUAAUAGAUAAAUUUCAGCAGUUCUCUCAAAAUGAAUGCUGUAAGCGAGAGCUGCACCCUUGGCGACCAUCAUUCUUGUGGGCAGUGUGCAGAUACGUUCCGCAGUAGACCUCUUCUCGCUCGCCAUGUAAACCAAAUGCAUAGACCGGCGAAAAAGUACCCCUGCUCUGAUUGCAGUUCAGCGUUCAACUCUUUGAAGAAUAUCACGCUUCAUCGAGCCAUACACAGUUCGAAGCCGUUCAAAUGCCCUAAAUGUGCGAUCAUUUUUCGUCGUCAUGCCACUCUGGUGGGUCACAUCGAACGGCACUAUGUGACAGAAGAUCAAAUCUGUGCAGUUUGUGAUCGUGAAUUUCGAUCGCUGGAAGAAUUGAAGUCCCAUGUUAAUGAAGGUCACGACGAGCAUUUGAAACGAAAUAAUCAACCAACGAAUAUAAACGUGAUUCGAGAAAUCGGUAGAAAAGUUUUCCCGUGCACGAUUUGUGAGAACAAAGUGUUUAAAAAGCGAAGUCUGCUGGAAAGACAUUUUAUGAUACACACCAAACAGAAACCUUUUAUGUGUGACACUUGCGGGAAAUCCUUCAAUCAAAAGAGCUCCCUCAAGAAGCAUUUGUUGACUCAUAGUAAAGUUCAGAAAUAUGUUUGCUUACUUUGCGGUCUGAAAUUUUCUCAGAAGGUGAAUCUCCGAGUUCACACCGUACGGGUUCACCCAAAGAGAAAUGCUUCGCUAGGUGAACGAUUACCGUGUCCCUAUUGUCCGUGUUUGUUCAAGAAACUUGGUAGCCUGAAUGCACAUAAAACUAAAAUGCAUGCGACCCUUCUGUCUGAGCCUAUUGUUGAAGAGCACUGUACGGCCAGUGACGUCAGUAGCGAGGUAGCCACAGCAACCAUACUUCGAUCGGAGCCCGGGAUCAUCUGCAAAUGUGGUACGUGUGGAAUAUGCCUCCAGGAUGUGGUUCAGUUACAAAAACACAUGGACAGUCAUACAAUGGUUAAGAGCAUUCCCGAAAGCAGAAAUGAUCAACAAAUAAUACCACAAGUAGUUCAGCCCAUAGUCGUCAGUCGAAGUCAUGAACACCUGCAAGGAUCUAGCGAACAACGUCGUUAUAGUUGCACGGUUUGUCCAGCGGCGUUCAAAAAGUCCAGUCAUCUAAAACAACACGUCAAGUCUCACUACGGCAUUAAAGGGAAUCGUUGCGAGAUAUGCGAUAAAACUUUCACCACCAGCCACACGCUGAAAGUUCAUCGCAACAGCCACAAUCAAAACUCACAAUUGCACUACAAGUGCAGUCAGUGUACGGCGCGAUUCAGUCUCCAAUCCAGUCUUCUUCGGCACGCAAAGCUUCACGACAAUCCAGAUCGCAACCGUCAUGACCAACGGUAUCAAAUUUCUGUGGCUCACGUAAGUUCGGUCCAUCCGGAAGUUGAAACUGAUGGGUUAAGUUUGACUCCAACGGAUGCUCCAAUCAAUCAGGAUGAAAUACACGAAUUAGAUGAAAUUACACAUACUGAAAAGAUUCAACUCGUCGAUGUGUCUGACGAAACGCUAAUCGAUUUCAGCAAUUUACCACCAAAUGUUAGUAUCGUAGAUAUCAGUAACCUGACUAAUUGUAUCGUACGAAUCGGCGAUCAGUUAUACGAAAUUCCCGUGCAAAUUGAAACAAACGACGCAGGAGAUGAUAUGCAAGCAACAGAGCCACGUUACUUUGCUUUUCACGAUGACACUGCUGCUACGGGACUGAAUCCUUUAAUAGACGAAGGCACGAACUUCGAAACAACCGAUGAUGCCCUCUAUCAGUAUAUAAACCAGACAUUUGAAGAUACGCCCGCGGAAGGAGUUGAUAUGGUCGAAGCGAAUGUUUCUGAAAGCUGUUCGGCUCCUGUUUCCCAAAAGAAAAGAAAAAAUCGACAAUCGAAAAUGUCGAACAUAACCGAGGAAGAACUGUUUUCCGAAGUUGUUGUUGGCGGCAAGAAAAAGUACGGCUGCAAAGGCUGUGAGAGGAUCUUUAAAAGGCCAGUUGAUCUUCGUCGCCAUAUACGAACCCACACAGGCGAGCGUCCUUUCCCUUGCACUCAGUGUCCAAAAAGUUUUACCUUAAAAGGCGUACUUCAGUCGCACAUGCAAACACACAUAACGAAAAGGGAAAUGCUACACUGCUCAGAAGAGGGAUGCAAUGGUAAAUUCUCAAGUAAAUCCAGUUUAGAGCUUCAUCGGCGGAUUCACACUGGGGACCGUCCUUUCCGAUGCACGGUAUGUUCACUCACUUUCCGAACUUCCGGUCACAUGAAAGCCCAUCUGACGUCUCAUUUGCGUCUGAAAGAACGACAGGAGCAAAACCAUUAAUUCAAAAGUGAAGUACCAGUGCGAAAUAUUCGCGAAAAAGGGCUGUGAUGUAACGUAAGUAGAAACAGUGCAAAGCAGGUAUAUGAAAAUAAGUAUAACUACACAUAUAUUCUAA